GCUAAUAUAUUUCUUCAGGCACCAACUGUUUCCGUUUUUUGAGGGCUUACAGAUGAAAGACCCUCAAUGUUUUGAAUAUGGCGGCGUCCAGUAGAACACAGGUUUUAUCUCUGUACAGAAGUAUGUUAAAAGAAAGCAAAAAGUUUACGUCUUACAGUUAUCGGACAUUUGCGAUUAGAAGAAUUAGAGAUGCCUUCAGAGAGAAUAAAUCAUGCGUAGAUUCUUCGGCUGUUGAAGCACAGAUCAGAAAAGCUCAAGAAAGUCUGGCAGUUAUCCAGCGACAGGUUUCUAUCGGCCAAAUGUAUGCAGUUCAGAAGCUUGUUAUUGAAACCAGUGAAGAAAACAGCAUACACUGAAAUGGAAUUCUUUGCUGAGCUGUCAAUGUUUAUAAAUAGGAAAAUACCCUAUAUCAUUGUUUUGUUUUAUUACUUCAUGCACAGUUUUUAAAUCACUUGAUUAUUAAAAUCGAUUAAAUCCACAAAUGAAAUAGAAAGUGUUACUUUGACAAAUGAAGUGUCUUUUGCUAGCAUACAUGACAUCAAGCUUGUCAUUGCCAAUGUAAGGGUGAGCUUUGCAUAUCAGGAAUUUAUGUGUUUGUAUAGUUCAUUUGUAUAACUGAGUUUAUUGUAUUUUAUGUACAUUGAGAUUCUGAAAAUAAAUAUCGUAGAGCAUAAUAAUUUACAUCACAUCACUUCCUUUUCUGAGAUUAACUGUUUGGUUUUGCAGUACAUGUUGUUUCAAAAGUAUAGCUGACACACUUUUCUGUAUUAGCCUUUAUGAACUCGAAAUAUCAGGGUAUCGUGGUAUUGCACAUUUUUUCUGAAGCAAAGAUGGCACUUUUAGUUUUGUUUAUAAAACAUGGAAAUUACAGCAGUUUUGUUCCCUUGCUUUUAAUAGAAGGGAAUAGUUCACCGGAAUCUGAAAAGAAAACUAAUGUGGAUGGUUUGAGAGAUUCCGUUUUCUUAUCUCUUUUGUCCUCAUGAACAUCCAGCUUGUGUAGACAAAGAGGCACAUGCAAUGGGGUGUCCAUGCAAGUCAUCCUUCACUUCCUUCCAUGUGUUUUCAAGCAAGAGAAAUGGUUUUCCUGGUCUCCAUUGGAGAAAUUGCACUUACCAUGUGCUCCCCAAUAGCCACAAUCCUCCACAACACCCUAUAGCUGAGAGUCGGAAAAGUGAGUGGGUUAUGCCCUUUCACUCUCCUCCCUCCCUGACUGGGGACACUAGUCAAACCCAAUAACUAGGGGCACAGUAGCACCUCUGUCCCUUGUUGACACUGAGACAGGCGUGCAUUCAGUGACUUUUCAUGUCUCUCCUAAAAAGGUACAGUCUCCUGUCUUGUAAAAGUACCUGGUUUAUCUCAUCAAACACAAAUCAUGUUCCGACAUUUUAUCAAAAAAACAUUGUCUUAUCAGCCCUGAAUUGUUUUGCAUUUUGUAUUGGAAAUGACAGUUCAAAAUAAUGAAAUUCUUUGUUACUUUUUACAACUUUGAUUUGUAACUGAUUUUGAAUUAAUCGUACAGCACCUCUAAAUAUUUUUCAUUAUUAUCUUUUUUACAGUAGUAUAAUUUAUUUCCCAAAUUACUUGAGUUACAACCUCAUUUUGGGAAACUGCUCAUCAUUAUAAAUUAAUAUUUUUUUCUACUUUAUUAAUAUGAGAGGAUUUUAGAUGCACCCUGAUUCUAACCUAAGAAGCCAAAUGACUGUAGUUAUUUUGUAUUUACUACUUAGUCAUGCUUUGUCUGUAAUGCAUUUCACCUUUAAAUAAAAGUUUGUGUGUAGUA